AUGGGGAUGCCCAGAAAGGUGGGAAUGGCAAUGGGGCUACAAAAGUUGACGGCACCAUUGAAGCAGGAAACACUUCCAACAUCGUCGUUGUCGUUGCCACGGCCUAGGUUCCUCCAAAAGGUGGUGUUCUCACACUCAUUCGGCGUCUUAUUUAAUGAAGUGAGCUGGAGCUAUGUUGUGUUUACCUAUGAUGGUAUAAUUCAAUGGAAUUCUUUGCAGGUGGGCUUUGAGAUGGUGGAUGCUAUAGCCGAAGCUGAAGGGAUAUCCAUAAGCAGUGUUUCAUUCAAAGCUCUAUUAGGAAAAGGUUUUAUUGGAGAUAUUCCAGUUAUGCUUGCCAAACCCCAAACUUUCAUGAAUGCAAGUGGUGAGUCUGUUGGGGCCAUUGUUUCGUAUUACAAGAUUCCGUUGAAGCAAGUAAUUGUGAUUUUUGACGACUUAGAUUUGCCAUUUGCAAAGUUGCGGCUUUUGCCAAAAGGUGGACACGGAGGACAUAACGGGAUGAGGAAUAUCAUUGAUCACUUCAAAGGGAACCGUGAUUUUUCUCGUUUAAGGAUUGGCAUUGGACGGCCUCCUGGGAAAAUGGAUCCUAUCAACUUUGUUCUUCGCCCCUUCACCAAACAAGAACGUCAAGAGUUAGACUUUACGUUUCAACAUGGCCUGGAAGCAGUGCGGAUUCUUUUGCUUGAGGGGUUUAAUAAAAGUGCCACAUUUGUUAACAGUGCCAAACCCUUGGAACAACUUGGUUAAUUUUUGGCAUAAAAUCUAUGAUUUUUUUUUUUUUUUUGGUGAUCAAGGACUGGCAUAUAUUAUUCAUCAAGGAGAUUGUGUCAUAGCUAAUAAUCAUUGGGGUUUUUUUUUUUCCAAUGAUUUUUCCAGAAGAAAUACCUUUUGCGAAUACAUUAGAGAUCAUUUCCAAGCUGAUGGGUAAAGUGAUUGUCUCUAUGUUUUUAUAGGCAAUUUGAAGUUCUG